GGGACCUGCCGGGCGCGGGCGGCCCUGGGCCCGGGCGGCCGCGGGGCAGCGGCGGCGGGACCAUGUCGGUGGCGGGGCUCAAGAAGCAGUUUCACAAAGCCAGCCAGUUAUUCAGUGAAAAAAUAAGUGGAGCAGAAGGAACAAAGUUAGAUGAGGAAUUCCAAGAGAUGGAAAGGAAAAUUGAUGUUACUAAUAAAGCUGUAACAGAGCUUCUGUCCAAAUCCACAGAGUAUCUUCAGCCAAAUCCAGCAUACAGGGCCAAGCUGGGAAUGCUGAACACUAUGUCAAAGAUCAGAGGACAAGUUAAAACCACAGGCUACCCCCAGACAGAGGGACUCCUGGGAGACUGCAUGAUACGGUAUGGCAGAGAGCUGGGCGAUGAUUCUAUGUUUGGCCUUGCACUGCUGGAUGCUGGUGAGAGCAUGAAGCAAAUGGCAGAAGUGAAGGACUCUCUUGAUAUUAAUGUCAAACAAAAUUUUAUUGAUCCUCUACAAUUAUUGCAGGACAAAGAUUUAAAAGAGAUUGGGCAUCACUUGAAGAAACUGGAAGGGCGCCGCUUGGAUUAUGAUUAUAAGAAGAAGCGUUUUGGAAAGAUACCGGAUGAAGAAGUUAAACAAGCAGUAGAAAAAUUUGAAGAGUCGAAGGAACUGGCUGAAAGAAGCAUGUUCAAUUUCUUAGAAAAUGAUGUAGAACAAGUCAGCCAGUUGGCUGUGUUUGUAGAAGCAGCACUUGAUUACCAUAAACAAUCCACAGACAUUUUGGAGGACCUGCAGAGCAAGCUGCAAAACCGAAUAAAUGUAGCAUCUAGUCGGCCUAAGCGUGAAUAUAAGCCAAAGCCUGUAAUAACUACAACUCUGGAAAUUGGUGAUAAUCAGCAGCACAAUGGGAUUGCCUAUAGUUCUUCCAUAAAAUCAUCAGGUUCUUCAGUGCACAUGGAUCAGCCUUGCUGCCAAGCUCUCUAUGACUUUGAGCCAGAAAAUGAAGGCGAGCUUGGGUUUAAGGAAGGGGACAUCAUAACUUUGACCAAUCAGAUUGAUGAGAAUUGGUAUGAGGGGAUGUUAAAUGGAGAGUCUGGCUUCUUCCCCAUUAAUUAUGUUGAAGUGAUAGUUCCCUUGCCUCAGUGAUUGUGUCAUUUGAGCUGUGAACAUGAUUUCAUGACUGAAAUGGAUUCACAAAUGUUCUGUCAGUGUGGCAUUCUGUGAAAGCCUUGCUGUUUGACUGACUUACUGACUUUUGUAUGCGUCUUUUUAAAAUGUAUUUAUUUUAUAUUCAAAAAAAUUUCACUUUCCCUGAUUUGUCAACCUGCAAAAAAACCCAUACCCAGUUUUUUUGCUUUGUGCCUUGAAGAUCACUGUAUGAAGUGUUUACUGGUAGCUCACUGUUGCUCCAAAAAUGCAUUUCCUUGCUAUUAUUGUAUGUGGAUUUUUUUUUAUCUUUGGCUGCAAUGAUUUUACUAUUGAAAACCAUUUUAAAAAGUACUGUUAGUGAAGCUAACUGUAACCAGUUCCUAAGUUACUGAUGUCAUUGAGCUGUUUUCAUCUAUCACACCGUAAUUUAUUGUGCACAAGUUAAUUCAUCUUUUGCAUUGUAUGUUGACAAAAGGCAAAAUGGUUGUUGUCAAUAUUAAGAUGAUGUUGUACUAAGUACAAGUUCUCAGCAUUGAAAAUUGGUAUAAUUUACUGAUCAAACUGAAUAAAUAUUUCUGUGGGAUAAGAA